AAAUGUUCUGAAUGGCGUUGGAAACUUAAAACUUAAUCGAAAGGCGUACAAAGAUAGAGGAAACACAAAGCAAAAUGAGCCAAACUAGCCAAGCUGCUCAGUCGGAGGGAAGUGGUGGGGAGCCGCAGCGCCAUGUGGAUCUUCCGGUUUAUCCGAAGCCGCUGCCAGAACGGGACAUAAGCUACAGACCCGAUGAAAACCAGUUCACAACGGUGGAGAAGGCUUCUCUGCGCAACGCCUGGCGUUUCAUUGAGCCAUUCCAGCGCCGAUUUGGCAAGGACAAUUUCUACAGCUUCCUGACCCAGCACGAGGACCUAAUCAACUUCUUUAGGCGAGACGGCAAAAUCAACCUGAGCAAGCUUCAUGGUCACUCGCUUGCAAUGAUGAGGCUGAUGUCGAGGCUGGUCCAAACAUUGGAUAACAAUUUGGAUUUUCGCUUGGCCUUGGACGAAAGUCUUCCCACACAUCUGAAGAACGGCAUCGAACCCGACUACAUGAGGAUGCUGGCCACUGCCCUAAAGAGAUACAUUCUUCAGUCCUCUGUGAUUGAAAAUCAUAACUCCUGUACACUAACAAACGCCCUGACCCGAUUGGUGCAGAUCGUCGGGGAGUAUGCCCUUGUGGAUGUGGCCAGAAAACGUGCCAUGUCGACUGCCCUCAGGACCACUUUUGACGAUUCCGGAAAUCGCAUCACGAAGAUUGUUACCUGAUAGAAAUAUUCCCAAUCCCCUAGUAUGCUAUGGAAAAGGUUGCGGAACGUGAAAUGAAAAUUAAAUUGUAAAUUUAUUUUAUUAGCUUACCAUA